AUGCAAGACUUUAAUCCGAAUUUGGUGGUGUUAAUAGUCAUGAUGAUUGCAACCAUGCAGUUUCAAGUCACGAUGGCACAGAAAAGGCACGUCGUCGGCGACGGUUUGGGAUGGACCGUUCCUUCUGGUGGAGCGGUGGCUUACACCACGUGGGCCUCGCUUCAGACCUUCAAUGUGGGCGACCUUCUUGUCUUUACCUUCACUGAUGGAGAACAUGAUGUUGCAGAGAUUUCGGCGGCGGCUUUUGGCUCAUGCACUGCCACAAAUCCUAUCUCCCUUGCCACCAAUGGCCCCGCUACCCUCACCUUGACCACCCCCGGAGCUCAUUACUACAUCUGCACAUUCAGAAGUCACUGUCAAAUUGGUCAGAAGUUAGCCAUUAACGUCUCUGACUCUUCCACCACUACUCCUCCAGCAGCAACACCCAGAACACCCCGAUCUCCACCUCCUCCGUCAGCAAUACUCAAAACACCACCGUCUCCGUCGACCACGAGCCCUAGUACUCCUCCGUCGGAAACACCCGCAACACCCUCUCCUCCCUGUCCUCCAAAUGUAUCAACAAGCUCAUGCGACACAUCAUCGCCGCCAACCACCACCUGGGACGACACCGCUCCACCACCACCACCACCUAGUGAUAGUGAUGAGGCUUCAUCUUUCACCGCCGUCGUACCUUCCACAUUCUUGAUAAUUGGAUUAGCUUUAUUGAAUUAUUAA